CAUAUCCUCAUCUGGUGAGCACCUGCAACUUUCCCGUCAUGGUAGUGUUGUGGGCUCCUCACUACACAAUGACUCCUACUUGAUGGCUCAAGAGAACAGUAACCCUUCUAAUGGGCUAGGAAUUGUUCUCCAGUUGAUAACUCCUCAGAUUAAUGGGAAGCCUGCAAGCGAUGAAUUUGAACUACUGAUCAGAAAUAUGGCACAGGGUCGUCUUGUUGAGACAAUAGAACUUUUAAAACCUACAAGUGGUGGGCUUGGUUUUAGCGUGGUUGGCCUGAAGAGUGAAUAUAGAGGUGAACUUGGUAUAUUUGUGCAGGAGAUUCAAGAUGGAAGUGUGGCGCAAAGGGAUGGCAGAUUGCAGGAAGCAGAUCAAAUUCUUGCUAUUAACGGGCAAGCCCUUGAUCAGACCAUAACACAUCAACAGGCUAUCGGCAUCCUACAGAAAGCCAAAGAGAGUGUCCAGCUAGUUGUGGCAAGGGGCGCUUUGCCUCAGCUCAUCAGUCCAGUAAUUUCUCGAUCUCCGUCAGCUGCUAGUACAAUUUCAGCCCAUUCAAACCCGGUACAUUGGCAGCAUGUGGAGACUAUUGAGUUGGUGAAUGAUGGAUCCGGUCUGGGAUUUGGGAUAGUAGGAGGAAAAUCAACUGGAGUGAUAGUUAAAACCAUCCUUCCAGGCGGAGUAGCUGAUCGGCAUGGUAGACUGUGCAGCGGAGACCAUAUUUUGAAAAUUGGUGAUACAGACUUGACUGGGAUCAGUGGUGAGCAGGUGGCACAAGUCCUGAGGCAAUGUGGAAACCGAGUCAAGUUAGUGAUAGCCAGAGGACUAAUUGAGGAGGCCGCUCCAUCAACAACAGCUCCUUUGGGUACCCCAGUGCAAACUGGUAUGAUGGAGAACAAGAAAUUGGAAGAUACACCAGUUGAAAAUGUUGAAGAUGGGAACACAUUUGAUGUGGAGCUUACAAAAAAUUCUCAAGGGUUGGGAAUAACAAUUGCUGGCUACAUUGGGGAUAAAAUAUCAGAACCUUCUGGUAUUUUUGUAAAAAGUAUCACAAAAGACAGUGCAGUUGAGCAUGAUGGUAGAAUCCACAUUGGAGAUCAAAUUAUUGCUGUGGAUGGAACCAAUCUUCAAGGUUUUACCAACCAGCAAGCAGUGGAGGUUUUGCGACAUACUGGGCAAACAGUCUAUCUGACUUUGGUCCGAAGAGGAGGCCUGAAACAGGAAAACCAAAUUCAGUCUCAUGAUGACUUCAGUGAUGCUGUUGAAAAGGAUUCAAUUUUCCAAACAGUGGAUAUUGGCACAAAUACAGAAAGCUGCAAAAGAGAGCAGGAUUCUCCAUUAAUGUCAUGCAGCCCCAGCGAGGUUCAUUUUGAAGAAGAUACUAAUAUACAACAAACAGAUAUUCAGCUAACAUCCCUAGAAGAAGAAACAUUGCUGAACAAAUGGCAGAAGAUUUUGGGGGAAAAUUAUGAAGUUGUGGUGGCGGAUGUGAACAAGUUUAGUGAAAGCAGCGGACUGGGGAUUAGCUUAGAAGCUACAGUGGGACAUCAUUUUAUUCGGUCUGUUUUGCCUGAAGGGCCUGUUGGACGAUGUGGCAGAUUGUACAGUGGAGAUGAAUUACUAGAAGUAAAUGGACAAUCUUUGCUUGGAGAGAAUCACAAGGACGUUGUAAAUAUUUUAAAAGAGCUUCCUAUCAAUGUAAGGAUGGUGUGUUGUCGUGGAGUUCUACCUGUUACUGAAGCAGCAUUGGAUGAGACUCAUAUGUUAGAGCAGUCUCAUAUCGACCUUGGUGGACUCCUUGGUGCUUCAGAGACAAUCGAUGCUAAGCUGGAAAUAGCUAACAUAAGUCAGAAUACUGAAGAGGUACAAGGUUCUCCUCUGGCAAUGUGGGAGACAGAAGUACAACAAAUUGAAUUGGAGAAAGGCAGCAGAGGUCUUGGCUUUAGCAUAUUGGAUUAUCAGGAUCCGGUGGACCCCGCAAAUACAGUGAUUGUGAUCCGCUCUCUUGUCCCUGGGGGCAUUGCUGAACAAGAUGGCAGGCUCCUCCCAGGAGACAGGCUUAUGUUUGUCAAUGACACCAGCUUGGAAAAUGGUAGCCUGGAGGAAGCUGUGCAGGCCCUGAAAGGAGCACCUCUGGGAAUGGUGAAAAUAGGAGUCGCCAAGCCAUUGCCUGUGGAUUCAAGUGAGACAGAUGUAAUAGAAGACUGUACAAUGGGAUCGGGCUGUUCUCCAGAUAAUGAUGGUACAUUCCAGCCUUCAGCUUUAACAUUGCAUAGCGGCAUUUGUGGUGAUGAUCUGCAGCUUGCUCUUUCGCUGCCCUCUUCAACUCCCAAGACUACUUUCAAAGAAGAUUCCAGUGACCCACUCAGUUACCAAUCAUCAGAUAAAAACCUGUACACAAUGGAUCUAAUACAAAGAGAGACAGAGAGUAAAUCUGCAGGUGGAUGUAUGAAACAGAUCACAGAAUCUUUUCUUGUGAAUCCAACCACACAAUCUCCUAAGAAACAAGUUGAACAUGAAAGCAUAAGCAUGUGGAGAGAAUCUUUGCUAACACCCGAAUUUUCACACUGUACAAAAGAUCAAGAGUUCUUGAUGGAAAAUAAUAGCUUAAUGCUUGCUGGCCUAGAUACAAAUAAAAACAAGUUGGAGAAAAUGAUUACCAUUGCAAAAGGCAAUUCAAGCUUAGGGAUGACAGUAAGUUCUAAUAAAGAUGGCAUGGGAAUGAUAGUUCGCAGCAUUAUCCAUGGUGGUUCCAUAAAUCGUGAUGGACGAAUUGGUAUUGGAGACUGUAUAUUGUCUAUUAAUGAGGAACCUACUGCUAAUUUAACUAGUGCCCAAGCACGGGCCAUGCUGAGGAGGCAUUCUGUCAUUGGACCAGAUAUAAAAUCUUCUCCAACACCUGCUGAUGAUCAGGCCCCCUUUUAUGUCAUUAGUUAUGUGCCAUCAGAGCAAUUAGAAGAGUACCAAGCCGGUUUAGGGCAGCAGCCAGAAGGAACAAUGCCAUUAGAUGUUUUUCCUUCACAUACUGUGAGAGAAAUUCCAGAACUACCAGAACGAGAAGAAGGAGAAGGAGAAGAAAGUGAGCUUCAGAACACAGGCUACAGUAACUGGAAUCAACCAAGACGGGUUGAGCUCUGGAGAGAGCCUAGCAAGUCUCUAGGAAUCAGCAUUGUUGGUGGAAGAGGUAUGGGAAGUCGUCUGAACAAUGGUGAAGUUAUGAGAGGAAUCUUCAUCAAACACAUCCUUGAAGACAGCCCUGCUGGCAAAAAUGGAACCUUAAAAACAGGAGAUAGAGUUGUGGAGGUGGAUGGAAUAAAUCUCAGAGAUGCAAGCCAUGAGCAAGCAGUGGAAGCCAUUCGAAGAGCAGGCAACCCAGUAGUCUUCACGGUACAGAGCAUUGUAAGCAAACCAAGGCCAAUAUCUCUUUAUGGCUCUUUAGCAUCCUCUGCUCCUGGUGGGCAGAAAUUUAAUAAUCCAUUUUACCAUCCGUCAUCACAGAAUGUCCCUAUGCCUUAUCUGCAGUCCAAUCCUUUCACUAAGCCUCCUGCCUUCAGCAGCACUAACCCUUUUGUUGAUCCUCUGCAGUUCAACACUAACAAGGCAUCCAGUCAGUCAGAUUCAGAGCCAGAAAAAAAAUCAUCCUGUAAUCUGCCCUUGCCUCCUCCUUCAGUAUUUCCAGCAAUGAGCAGUGACAUUGUGCUGCAGUCCUCUAACAAUCACCUAGAAGAUUUGGAUAAGGAGGAUGAGUUUGGAUACAGCUGGAGGAAAAUCAGUCACAAGUAUGGGAAUCUGUCAGGAGAUCUGCACAUGAUAGAACUGGAGAAAGGGAAGACUGGAUUAGGACUCAGCCUAGCUGGGAACAAAGACAGAUCCAAGAUGAGUGUCUUUGUAGUGGGCAUUGAUCCAAAUGGAGCAGCUGGAAGAGAUGGCAGGCUGCAGAUUGGAGACGAGUUACUGGAAAUAAAUGGACAAGUUCUGUAUGGAAAAACACAUCAGAAUGCAUCUUCAAUCAUCAAAUGUGCACCUUCUAAAGUAAAAAUAAUCUUCAUCAGAAACAAAGAUGCUGUCCAUCAGAUGGCUAUUUCUCCUGGUAAAACACCGGCAUCAGCAUCUUCGUCUUCAGGGAUGGUUCAGUAUGAAGAGGGGGAAGUGAACAUUUCAAGCUCUAAUUUACCAAUAGAUCUGACUUUAUAUAAGAAUGUUCAAAAUGUGGAACUACCUAAGGAUCAAGGUGGCAUAGGUAUUGCUAUUGGUGAAGAAGAUACACUUAAUGGUGUAGUUAUUCAGAACUUAACAGAUCAUGGUGCAGCAGGAAAGGAUGGCCGCAUUAAAGUUGGAGAUCAAAUUCUAGCAGUGGAUGAUGAAGUUGUUGUGGGCUAUCCUAUAGAAAAGUUUAUCAGUUUGCUGAAAACAUCAAAGCCCAAUGUGAAACUCACUAUUAGUUCAGUUGAACCGGAAGGUCUGGCAGUUCCCCAGCCACUAUUGUCAAAUUACAGCACCACUUUGAGUGAGGGAACCAAUAUCCAGCCAUUACCAAUUGUUCCAUCAUCAGAGUCACCAGAACCAGAGUUAAUUAAAAAUGCAAGCAGGUCUUCAACUCCAGCUAUGUUAGCUUCUGACCCAGCCACUUGUCCAAUCAUCCCAGGUUACGAAACAACAAUCAGUAUUUCCAAAGGACGUACUGGUCUAGGGUUGAGCAUUGUGGGAGGAGCUGACACAUUACUGGGAGCAAUUAUUAUCCACGAAGUAUAUGAAGAAGGAGCAGCAUCCAAAGAUGGAAGACUUUGGGCCGGUGAUCAAAUCUUAGAGGUGAAUGGUAUUGACUUAAGGAAUGCAACCCAUGAUGAAGCUAUAAAUGUUCUCAGACAGACACCACAAAAAGUCCGCCUGACUGUUUACAGGGAUGAAGCCCAAUAUAAAGAAGAAGACAUGUAUGAUGUUCUGAAUAUCGAAUUACAAAAGAAACCAGGCAAAGGACUUGGAUUAAGUAUUGUUGGGAAAAGAAAUGACACUGGAGUGUUUGUGUCAGACAUUGUCAAAGGAGGUUUAGCAGAUCUGGAUGGAAGAUUAAUGCAAGGAGACCAGAUAUUAAUGGUGAAUGAUGAAGAUGUUCGAAACGCUAACCAGGAGACAGUGGCGGCCUUAUUAAAGUGCUCAUUAGGUGUUGUUAAACUAGAAGUUGGAAGAAUAAAAGCGAGUUCGUUCCAUUCAGAGAGGAGAUUGUCUCAGAGCAGCCAGAAAGCAUGUACCGGAUCCAAACUGGUCAGUGAAGGAAGUGGCAGCCUGACAUCAUUCAGUUUCCCAGGUGGUGUAUCCAACCCGUCUGAAAGUUAUGAAAGCACUCUGAAGCAGAAUUGUUUGGCGUCUGAAAUACAAGGAUUGAGAACAGUUGAAAUAAAAAAGGGUCCUUCAGAUUCUUUGGGAGUUAGUAUUGCUGGAGGAGUAGGAAGCCCUCUUGGUGAUGUUCCCAUUUUUAUAGCCAUGAUGCAUCCAAAUGGAGUUGCAGCACAAACCCAGAAAUUGAGGGUUGGAGAUAGGAUUGUGAGCAUUUGUGGAACAUCCACUGAAGGCAUGACUCAUUCCCAGGCUGUCAGUUUGUUGAAGAAUGCUUUGGGCACCAUUGAAUUACAGGCCCCCCCAAUACAAAACCAUCACACUGGAUCGAGGACCUGAUGGCUUGGGCUUUAGCAUUGUAGGUGGAUAUGGAAGUCCUCAUGGAGAUCUGCCCAUUUAUGUUAAGACUGUGUUUGCAAAGGGUGCAGCAGCAGAAGACGGGCGCCUUAAAAGAGGAGAUCAAAUCAUUGCAGUCAAUGGGCAGAGCUUGGAAGGGGUCACCCACGAGGAAGCUGUCGCUCUUCUAAAAAGAACAAAAGGAACUGUGACUUUGACUGUUCUCUCAUAAGUCCUGUCUCCAAAGAUGAGAUGGGUGUUUGUUUAUUGGCUUGCCAGGCUGUUUUUAAUCAAGGGGAAAAAUAACGAAUGGUCUUAUUUUUAUACCGUUGAAUUACAGAGAUUGGCUUCUGUAGGAUAAGAAAGUGACAAAAUUUGAAAGCCAUAAUAAUCAAAUGUGUGGUGUGAUAAACUGGUGGUGCAUGUUGUGUGAUUGUUGAGGGAUUUGUAAUGGGGAAUUCUGGAACUCUGUAAUCUCUGGAAGACACAAAAUUUUGGCUAUUGGUUAGCCAGGGUUAAUUUAAAGCUCUCAAGCGUAUAUAUUCAUUUGAUUCAAUUUUAUUAAUAUCCCUGUGCCCAACAUGAGAUCUGGGACAAACUGUUUUCUGGAAUAAUAGUGCUUAAGAAGAAAACUUUUUAAAAAAAAGAAAGAAAGAAAAGGAAGGAAGGAAAGAAAGAAAGUUAGUUUCCUGAUCCUUCAUAGAACUAUUAAACUGAAUUGAUCUUCAUGUUUUUUUCCUAAAUAGGGACAUUUCGUUAGGAGACAGGACAUAUGUGGUGGUAAUGCCUACCUGUUGCAGAGUCCCACGGAAUAGAAUAUUGUUUCUCUUCUUUCUUUAUGGGGUCAUCAGCAAUGAUAAGCAAACCUUUUACAGUCAAGACUACAAAUUGCCUUUCAUCAACAUCUCAUUUUCAUAAAUGACCCUAAGAAUUAUUGAUGGAAAGAUUGAUCCCAAAUCCUGGCUUCUAAAAACACAUUUUAAUAUUUCCAGUGCUUUUGUUGCAACAAAAAGAAAGUGAGAGCUUGACCCACUGAUUUUAAACCACCUAAUUAAAAAUAUUAUGAUAUUUAACUUAGAAUAUUUGGUAGCUUUUCAUAACAGCUUAGUAAAAAAUGGUUUCAAGCUAUUCUCAUAACAGCAAACAAAGAUACAUAUCUGACAUCCUUCUUCCCAGACUUUGAAGGCUGUAUAACUGCAGAUGACAAACACUGUUUUCCAUACAGGUAGUCCUCUACUUACUACUACAAUUGAGCCCAAAAUUUCUGUUGCUAAGUGAGACAUUUGUUAA